GACUGCGUUGUUUUCUUGUUUUUCUUUAGACAUAGUUCACUUAAAUAAUCGCUCUUUUUUUAAGAACAAAAGCAAAAAUAUUGCAACACAUAAAUAGUAAAAAUUUUAGAAAGCGAAUUUGUUUGGAAUAGUUUGUUUUAAUUAACGGCUUCAAAAUUGGCAAAAUAAGGAAAAAUAAGAAAAUGAGCUACAGUGACAAAAGUGACGGGAUUACUAAAGAGGAGUGGAUGUUGCGUCUGGAGCAAUUUCCUUUUAAGCAAGCGGACAUGAAUCGCUUAAUAAUGAAUUACUUGGUAACGGGCUUCAAAGAAGCGGCCGAAAAAUUUCAAUUAGAAGCUGGCCUUGAGCCUAGCGUUGAAUUGAAUUCUUUGGAUGAUCGGAUUUUAAUACGAGAAGCUGUGCAAAAUGGUCGCAUACAUGAUGCUACGCAUUUAGUUAAUCGACUGCAUCCCGAAUUGUUAGAUAAUGAUCGUUACUUAUUUUUUCAUUUGCAACAGUUACAAUUAAUUGAACUAAUCAGAGCUGGUAAAAUAGACGACGCUCUGACAUUUGCCCAAAACAAGUUAUCCGAAGCUGGUGAAGACAUACCAGAGGUUCUUAGUGAAUUGGAACGUACUUUGGCUUUAUUAGCAUUUGAAAAGCCACAAGAAAGCCCUUUUGCUUACCUACUGGAACAAUCACAUAGACAUAAGAUUGCCAGUGAAUUAAAUGCUGCCAUAUUAAAAUGUGAGCAUAGUGCUGACUCAACACCAAAAAUUAUGUUCUUAUUAAAAUUGAUUAUGUGGGCACAAUCUAAACUUGAUGCUCGCGAAGUUAGUUAUCCGAAAAUGAAAGAUUUGGAAACGGCUCUUAUCGAACCCAAAUAAAUUCCGAGUUAAUCGCCAAGAAAUAUCAAGUAAUGGUUCGUUUUGUGUUUUGUUUACUAUGAAGAUAUUUUUUAGCAAUUUAGAGAUGUUUGUAUAAAUUUAGUUUCAUUUUUU